UGACGUCAGAACAUGGGACGCGUCGUGUGUUCUGAUUGGAUCGUUUCUUGGGGUUGGUUCUCGAGCUGCAGGUACUUAUAUGAAGGUCGCGACCAUUUACCGCCCUUCACCUCUUUCUUUCCAUCCUAUUUUCCUCUCUAUCGCGCCUCAUCGAUAAUUUGACAUGACGAAAGCGAGGAAAGUCAAAUCUACGCUGCAUUCGGUGAAGAUUCCUGCGAACAACAUAACUCACACGAGUUCGGAAUCGCCAAAGACACCCAAGACACCUAAGACACCCGCCGAUGAAGGCAUCGAUUUCUUCGAAUCGGCGUUCACGCAAGGAGAGGAGCCGAUACGCGUGUAUGAGCUACAGCUAGACCCCGAUGGCGGCCCGAACAAAGAUAGAUCGUAUAUGCGUCUACCGCCUGCGUACAAACCCUAUGUCCUUCGAGUAUCCAUAGAGGCUGGCACGCCUGCGGCUAAAAAUGGUGUAUUCAAGACUAACUUCCCACUUGAUGGUGGUCGCUUUUCUAGAGACCACUUCCCUGAGCGCAAGCUCCCAACCGACUUCUCGAAGCCUAUACGGGUCGAUCUGCCGAUCUCUCACGCAGGUGCAUUCGCCUAUUGGGUCGAGUACGACGGUGACGAACCAGGAACUCGAGUAAAGGGUCGUGAAGGCUACUUCAACAUAGACCCAGUUUUGCGAACUAGGGCGCGCACGCCGAUCAUCUCCGACGCUAGUAUUUCUAGCAGCGGAGGUGCAGUGCUUUCCGACAACGUCAAUCUCUCUCUCGAUGGUGUCUCUAUCCUCACGAUCGUAUCCAAAUGGAUGGGCUCUACUGAUGCGUGGAGAGACCACCUUGCUGAAGCCAGUGAACGCGGAUAUAACAUGCUGCAUUGGACUCCUCUGCAAGAAAGAGGCGAAAGCGAUAGCCCUUAUUCUAUCAGAAACCAGCUCAUAUACGAGCCAUCCAUGUUCACUGGCGGGAAGGCCGAUCUCGGUGAAGACGGAGGAAAGGCAAAAUUAGAGGGACUUCUGAGAACCGCGAGAGAGGAGUAUGGGCUUUUAAGUUUGACAGAUGUCGUUUUGAACCACACAGCGAACGAUAGUCCGUGGUUACUAGAUCAUCCAGAAGCAGGAUACAGCCCCGCUAAUGCACCUCACCUUACACCGGCGUUGGAACUCGAUACUGCAAUUGUCGAGUUCUCGGGUUCUCUAACAUCCAGGGGCCUCCCAACGACCGUUCAUUCUCAACAAGACAUUGAUACCCUAAUCAGCGAGUUCCAGGAACACGCUAAAAGUCUCAAUAUGUGGCAAUACUACGUCUUCAAUGUGAAAAACGAACGACAGUCGGUAAAGGACGCUGUAUCCGCCAACAACAUCAUUCCCUGGACAACAAAAGAUGUUGCACAAAAGAACGUUGUUCAGCUUGCGGAUAUCAUUCGCACAUCUGGCGUAAUCAAUGGAUAUCGUGCACUUGAGAAGCGCUUUGGAACAUCUGUUCCUGGCCCAGUCGCAGCAGGCUUCGUGAAAGCCGCAUUUGUCGAUGUCGAAGAUAAUGCAGACGCGUUGGCGGAUGCAUGGUCUCGUGUUGUGGAUGUUUUGAAUGUCCCCCUAUACGAAGAGUGGGAAGAAGAUACGAAAGUCGCCAUGGAGCAGAUCAAGGGUCGGCUGAAGUACAUUCGACUGGAGGAGAAUGGUCCCAAGUUGGGGCCGAUCACCAAAGAUCUCCCAUUGGUCGAACUCUAUUUCACUCGAUUACGUGGUAAGGCCGAGUCCGACCCCCAAACGUAUUCUUUAGCCAACAACGGUUGGAUCUGGAAAGCUGAUCCCCUGGUCAACUUCGCGCAGCCUCCGUCAAAAGCAUAUCUUCGUCGCGAAGUCAUCGUCUGGGAUGAUUGUGUCAAGCUUCGAUACGGCGAUGGGCCCGAUUCUAACCCCUGGCUGUGGGAGUAUAUGACGAAGUAUGUAACAUCGCUUGCAGAAACCUUCGACGGCUUCCGCAUCGACAACUGUCACUCAACCCCUCUGAACGUUGGCGUAUAUAUGUUGGAUGCCGCGCGAGUCGUGAACCCGAACCUAUAUGUUUGCGCCGAGCUCUUCACUGGCAGUGAAGAGAUGGAUACGCUCUUCGUUAGUCGAUUGGGCAUCAAUAGCCUUAUUAGAGAGGCCGGUAACGCUUGGGAUCCCAAGGAGUUCUCGAGACUGCUUUACAGACACGGUCUUGGAAAGCCAAUCGGUUCGAUGGACACUGCCUGUGUUACCAGCAAGGAAGAACUUCCACCACCUACUGGCAAGGGACCCACACGACCUUGUAUCGUCAUUCCUCAUAAUGGUUCUGCACCUCAUGCGCUUUUCUUCGACCUCACACAUGACAACGAGUCGUACCUCGACAAGCGAUCUGCGGAGGAUGCUUUAUCUACUGGUGCACUCGUGACAUUCUCUCACAGCGCAAUUGGCUCUGUCAAGGGAUUCGAUGACAUGUACCCGAAGUUGCUAAACCUCGUUGCUGAGAGACGUCAGUAUGAAGUGACGCGUUUGGGUGAAAAUAGCGGUAUUGCGAGGGCGAAGCGGAUUUUGAACUCGUUACAUACCGAAAUGGCUUUGCAUGGAUUCGAAGAAGGACAUGUUCAUCAAGAGAACGACUACAUUGUCAUGCACAGGGUACAGCCGACGACACAGAGGGGAUACAUUCUUAUUGCCCAUACCGCAUUCACCAAAGGUUCCAAGGAUAGGGGUUUCAUCAGCCCAAUCAAACUGCGUCGCACCAAGGCCAAGUUCGUCUAUGGAGCACACAUCAAAUUCUCAUCGUAUGAGAACAACAAGGAUCCAAAUUUGCUUCGGGGUCUUCCGGGCAAACUAGUCGAGAUGCGUGAGGUCGUUGCUCCUCAGGGAUUAGACAAUGAGGGGCCCUUCGCCGAGAUCAUCGUUCCGGAGUAUUUCCCGCCUGGAAGCAUCAUGCUCUUCGAGACUCAGCUACGAGGCAUUGACCCGGAUCUUGAUGCACUCUGUUCAUCUGGUGCGGAUGACGUGUUCGGUUCAUUGAAUCUCGUGGAUCUCAAUGUCGUCCUUCAUCGAGCUGAAGGCGAGGAGAGAGACCUCACCGCAGGCGACAUUGGAACCUAUAUCGUCCCCGGUUUGGGUAACUUGGUGUACUGUGGUUUGGAAGGUUGGAUGCACCCCCUCCGACAUAUCAUGCGAUACAACGACCUUGGACAUGCCCUGUGUGCGCACCUGAGAGAGGGUACAUGGGCAAUGGACUUCGUCGCUGCACGCUUGUUUAAGCAAUCCGAUACCUUCCCCAACUUAGUUGGUCCUGCUAAAUGGUUCCAGGAGAGGUUUGAUCGUAUCAAGAAGAGCGUUCCAAAUUUCCUUCGACCCAAAUACUUCGCUAUCGUCAUUUCGGAAGCGUACAAGGCUUCUCGUCGAUCCGUCGUCGAACAAUGCUCUGACUUUGUAUCAACUGGUCACUCCUUCACCCAGGAUUUGGCUUUGACUGCUGUGCAAAUGCUUGGUCUCGUUCAAUCAGCUUCUUUGGAUCCUGGAAAACCUACGCCUUCUCUUGCUGCCGGUCUGCCUCAUUUCGCAACCGGAUGGGCGAGGUGCUGGGGGCGAGACGUUUUCAUCUCAUUGCGAGGGUUGUUCCUCACGACCGGUAAUUUCCUGGAUGCAAAGCGUCACAUCCUAGCAUUUGCUUCUACUUUGAAACAUGGGUUGAUUCCGAACUUGCUGGAUUCACUGCGAAACCCACGGUACAACUCGCGUGAUUCUCCUUGGUGGAUGUUGCAGAACAUUCAGGACUACGUGAAUAUGGCACCUGAGGGACUCUCUAUUCUCUCCGAGCCUGUCAAACGUCGUUUCCCGCAAGACGAUACGUGGGUUCCUUGGGAUGAUCCUCGCGCUUAUGCGUACUCGAGCACCUUAGCCGAGGUUAUCCAGGAAAUUCUUCAACGACAUGCAGACGGCAUCCACUUCCGUGAACAUAAUGCUGGACCGAACCUCGAUAUGCAGAUGAAGGACGGAGGAUUCAAUAUCGACAUCCAAGUUGAUUGGACAACCGGACUCAUCUUUGGCGGAAACGAGUUUAACUGUGGAACAUGGAUGGACAAGAUGGGCGAGUCCGUCAAGGCAGGUACCAAGGGGAAACCUGGUACGCCUCGUGAUGGUGCACCAGUGGAGAUCACUGGUUUGUUGAAAAGCACGGUCCGCUGGUUGGAUCAGCUGUCCGAGGCUGGGGAAUUCCCAUUCAGGGGCGUUGACGCGAAAAUUGACGGCAAGCGAAGACUCGUCACAUACAAAGAAUGGUCAAACUUGCUGCAAGCUUCCUUCGAGGAGUGUUACUAUGUUCCUCUCGAUCCGGCCGAAGACCCCAAGUACAAUGUAAACCCUUCGUUGAUCAACCGCAGGGGCAUCUAUAAGGAUGUCUUUGGCUCCGGUCCUGGACGAGAAUGGUCAGACUACCAAUUCCGUCCCAACUUCCCGAUUGCAAUGACUGUCGCACCUGAACUUUUCGAGGAGAAGCAUGCGCUUCAUGCCUUAAAGUUGGCAGAUCAGGUGCUCGGGGGACCUUUGGGCAUGAAGACUUUGGAUCCUGCCGAUCUGCAGUACAGACCAUAUUACCACAAUUCAACUGAUGGUGAUGACGCAGCUAUUGCUAAGGGCCUGAACUAUCAUAAUGGUCCGGAAUGGGGUUGGCCAUUGGGUUACUUCUUGCGGGCGUACCUCUAUUUCGAUACUCGCGUUGGGGUUGGUAACGGGGUCGGUUUUCCUUCUUCUCCUUUAGAACGUAGCAAUACUAAGUGUACGUUUAUAGGAUCCUUCCCAGACUCUGCAUCGUCUGUUCAAGAUUCUGUUGAAACCUCGUCACCACAUUCAGCAUGACCCUUGGGCUGGUCUUCCCGAGCUGACGAACAAGGAUGGUGAAUAUUGUCCAGAUUCGUGCAAAACGCAGGCGUGGAGCAACAGCACAAUUCUCGACUUCUUACAGACCGUCCAUGAAAUGAACACUACAUAAAUGGACUCUGGCUGUAUCGAUACGCUUUUCUUUACUUGUAGUAUUUAUCGUAGUGAUGGAUUUGUUGGAUAAGCAGGCUGUAUUCAUAGGAUUCAAGUUGUAGAUUUUCAAUCCUAGCGGGGAUUCCUCAUUUGUUUUGUGGUGUUAUCAGUCAGAUUUGAUGAGAUCAAAGUGAUCGAGCGCCGGAGCCAUAAGU